AUGUGCUGCGGUGUGAUUGAUGCACAUCUUGACGAGCUGGACCAUCGCUGUUGCCAGGCAGCCUCCGAACAAUCGCUCGCAAUCAUGGCCGCAUCUUCCGUAACCGGCGUCUACCGCAACACGCUUCUUCAAGCCGUGUACUUCGGUCCCGGCUCCAUCGCCACCUCCCUGCCGUCUGCAAUCGAGACGCUCAACCUCAAGAACAAAAAGGCCUUCAUACUCACGGGCAAGAGUCUCGCCACCAAGACCAAAGUCAUCGAACGCGUCCAACAGAUCCUCUCGUCCAAAGGCUACUACAGCGGAGAGACGUACUUUGACAUUGGCGAGCACGCACCCGUGGCGGGCAUUCGCGAGGCCGUCGAACGCAUCAAGCGGUCCAACGCCGAUGUCAUCGUUGCUGUCGGAGGCGGAUCGCCCAUUGACGCAGCCAAAGCCGUGUCGUUCUACUGUCAUCAGGAGGAGCACGGCGAGGAGAGUGCGAGAAACCCUUUGACCCACCCGGACCUCUUUAUCCCCACCAUCGCGGUACCUACCACGCUCUCUGUCGCUGAAACCACCCAGAAUGCGGGUUUCAAGUCGGAAGAAGGACAUAAGAUCGGCGUUUCCUCCAAGAACCUCGUCCCGCGCGCCAUCAUCUACGAUGCCGAACUGACGCUCGAUACGCCCGAACGUCUGUGGUUGUCCACCGGUAUCCGUGCUCUCGACCACGCGGUCGAGUACCUCUACCGACCCGACACACACCCCUUGCUCCGUCCUAGCGUUCAAUCCGCCAUCCGCGACAUCUUCACCUACCUGCCACUCUCCAAGACCGAACCGCAAAACCUCGAUGUCAGGCAAAAACUGCAGCUGGCAUGCUUCAACUCCCUCUGGCCUGAAGCAAGGUCCGGAGCACUUGGUCUCUCCCACGGACUCGGCCACAAGCUCGGUGCAACCUACGGCAUCGGUCACGGCAUCACCAGCUGCAUCACUCUCGGCGCCACCAUCCGCUUCACCGCCAACUUCCUAAACACACCCCUGCUGCACCUGCAAAACCUCGCAGAUACGCUCCCCUUCAUCCCUGCACCUUACAACCCCAACCCCACCCCGCUCGGUCCCUCCGUAGGCUCAGGUAGCACUGAUCCGACAGAAUCAGAGCUGAAGGUUCUGCGGGAGAAGGCUACCGCGGUGGGAGACGCGGUGCAGAAACUCGUCGACGACCUCGGUCUGCACUCGACGCUCAAGGGUUGCGGUUUGGAUGCGCAGCAACCCGAAAUCGUAGCGACAAAGACCACGGGAGAGGCAAAGAAGGGAAGCGAGUACUGGCACGGUGUCAAGGGCAUCCUCGAUAGCGUAUACGAGUGA